ACCCCCCCGCGGGAGCAGGCGACGGGCGUGAGGGCGAGGCGGCGGCCGGAGAGCAGCCGGAUAUAUUCUAAGACAGGGUCUUCCUAUAUGUGCAUGAGGGAGCUACCAAAUACAUCUAGGCUGCAUUUGAGAGAAAAUUUCUAGACUACUGAAAAGAAGGUGCUUUCAGAGCUGGAGAUGUGACUAAAACUCCUGUACCAGAGCUUGUAAACCAUCUCGAGGAUUCCAUUCAGGAAACCAUUUUGCAUUUGUUUGUUAUGUCUUUUUAGGCUCUUCUUGGCUGUGACAUUUUCUCAGAUUUGCCGUGUUUUUGAGUUUGACAUUUUGAGGAGUACUGACCAGAAAAUGAUGGUGGUAUUGGAAGUUCAUUACUUUUGGAAAACCGGUUAACAUCCAUUUCCUAAGAGAAACUUGACCACUCUUUGCUCUGGCAUGGCGCAAAGCAAUCCACAGCUUGAUAUUCAGGUUCUCCAUGAUCUCCGACAGCGUUUCCCUGAGAUUCCAGAGGUUGUGGUGUCUCAGUGCAUGUUACAGAAUAACAACAAUCUUGAAGCCUGUUGCCGAGCCCUUUCCCAGGAGAGUAGCAAAUACUUAUAUAUGGAAUACCAUAGUCCAGAUGACAAUAGGAUGAAUAGAAAUCGUCUUUUGCAUAUUAACCUGGGUAUCCAUUCUCCUAGUAGCUACCACCCAGGAGAUGGAGCUCAACUUAAUGGUGGUAGAACACUGGUACACAGCUCAAGUGAUGGACAUAUUGAUCCACAGCAUACAGCAGGUAAACAGCUGAUAUGUUUAGUUCAGGAACCACACUCAGCUCCAGCUGUUGUGGCUGCUACUCCCAACUACAAUCCAUUUUUUAUGAAUGAACAAAACAGAAGUGCAGCUACUCCUCCUUCACAGCCACCUCAACAGCCAUCUUCCAUGCAAACAGCAAUGAAUCCAUCUGCUAUGCAAGGGCCUUCACCACCACCACCACCGCCUCCUUCCUACAUGCACAUACCUCGGUAUAGUACAAAUCCAAUUACUGUUACAGUAUCCCAGAACCUCCCUUCUGGACAGACUGUACCCAGAGCUUUACAGAUCCUUCCACAAAUUCCGAGCAAUCUCUAUGGGUCUCCUGGUUCUAUUUAUAUUAGACAGACAUCUCAGAGUUCAUCAGGAAGACAAACUCCUCAGAAUACGCCAUGGCAGUCCUCACCACAGGGCCCAGUGCCUCAUUAUAGCCAACGUCCUUUACCUGUUUAUCCACACCAACAAAACUAUCAGCCUUCUCAGUAUUCUCCCAAACAACAGCAGAUCCCUCAAUCUGCCUACCAUUCCCCACCUCCUUCUCAGUGUCCUUCACCCUUCAGCUCGCCACAGCAUCAAGUGCAACCUUCCCAGUUGGGCCACCCAAGCUCCCACGUCUUUAUGCCACCUAGUCCUUCAACUACUCCACCCCAUCCGUAUCAACAAGGACCUCCUAGCUAUCAGAAACAGGGAAGUCAUUCAGUAGCCUAUCUCCCAUACACAGCGUCUAGCUUACCCAAAGGUUCUAUGAAGAAGAUAGAAAUUACAGUUGAACCUUCUCAAAGACCUGGGACAGCGAUUACUAGGAGUCCUUCACCCAUCAGUAAUCAGCCGUCUCCUCGGAAUCAGCACUCACUGUACACAGCCACCACGCCACCUUCAAGUUCUCCUUCAAGAGGGAUACCUAGUCAACCAAAACCUCCGUUUAGUGUUAAUCCUGUGUAUAUUACAUAUACACAGCCAACUGGACCUUCAUGUGCUCCAUCGCCGUCUCCUCGGGUGAUACCAAACCCAACUACAGUUUUUAAAAUUACGGUAGGCCGAACGACGACUGAAAAUCUUCUAAAUUUAGUGGACCAAGAAGAGCGCUCUGCAGCACCAGAACCUAUUCAGCCCAUUUCAGUGAUACCAGGCUCUGGGGGAGAAAAGGGAAGCCAUAAGUAUCAGAGGAGCACUAGUUCUGGAUCAGACGACUAUGCAUAUACACAAGCCUUGCUGUUACAUCAGCGAGCAAGGAUGGAGAGGUUAGCAAAGCAGUUGAAACUUGAGAAAGAGGAGCUAGAGCGGUUGAAGGCUGAAGUUAACGGUAUGGAGCAUGACCUGAUGCAGAGACGGCUCAGGAGAGUCAGCUGCACCACUGCGAUCCCAACCCCUGAGGAAAUGACAAGAUUGAGAAGCAUGAACAGACAACUCCAGAUAAAUGUUGACUGUACACUGAAAGAAGUUGACCUCCUUCAAUCUAGAGGAAACUUUGAUCCAAAAGCUAUGAAUAAUUUUUAUGACAACAUAGAACCUGGUCCAAUUGUACCACCCAAACCAUCUAAAAAAGACUCCUCGGACCCCUGCACAAUUGAGAGAAAAGCUCGAAGAAUUAGUGUGACCUCCAAAGUACAGGCAGAUGUCCAUGAUACCCAGGCAGCAGCUGCAGAGGAGCAUCUACCUGGCUCCAGACAAAGCCCUCGGCCACAGCCCCGAGAUGAAGACUAUGAAGGGGCUCCGUGGAAUUGUGACAGCUGCACCUUCCUCAACCACCCGGCGCUAAAUCGCUGCGAGCAGUGCGAGAUGCCACGGUACACUUGAAUCCACGGGAGUCUGCACCAGGUUGAGAAGAAAGCUUUAUGCACCUACCAGAAGGAGAGGAAACUUGGGGAGUCCAUUCAUCUGCCCGGCCAUUGCGUUUCCAAUUGCUGCGGGGGGAGGAGGAAUGGCACUGUGGCCUCUGUGCUCACAAAAUGAAAAGAGGGGAGGUUUUUUAUUUUCCUUUCUUAACUCAUUGCAGAGUGAGAGACAGAAAGGGAUACUUGAAACUGGCAAAGGAUUCACUCCUGAACGAAUGUACACAGAGAAGUCAAGAGCUCCUCGGUGGGAUAUCCAUUGCUAAAGUUACUGCUGAGUGGCCCUUAUUUUUUAAACUAGAACUUCAAAUCAUGGUAUGUAAUGUUACAGUUUAUGCAGACAAACUGUGAAUUCCAAGAGCAGACUUACCUGGUCACUGCUCUUGGGAAAACCAAGGCUCCCUGUGCUUCUUCCCGUUGCUUCCUACUGAACAGAAGGGCAGGAAAAAGCACCCAGAAUAGGAUUUUUUUUUUUUCUCCACAGAAUAAUAAGGGUAUUUGUCAUUGCUGCUUUUUUCAGGGGUAAUUUCAAACACACACAUGUACACAAACACGUUUUUGAUUUGUAGCAGUCAGGAAUUAGGCAUAUCAUGCCCUUUGAAAGUACAAUCAGGUAGUGAGACCCCUUUGGCUUAUACGAUGAUCCAGCAAGCUAUAUCAAACACUGGUAACUAAGACCUAAUUAUGCCACAUAAGAGAUACAUUUUAUAAGUUACUGCAUGCUUUUAUUAGGCCACUGGUUUUAGAAAUAACAAGUCCUUACAAAGUAUGAUUUUAUAAGUGAUACUCUUAAAAACUGCGCUUGGCCAAUAGCACAGUGAAUGUAUGCCAAAUGCAAGUCCAUUCCAAAAUCCAUUUGGAAACCUUGAGCUGCGCUGUGGUUCUUAAGAAACGUUUGCAGUCCAUAGGGCCUUUUUAUUUCUUCCUUCCAAUGUUGUGAUGACUUCAUGAUGUUUACAGCACAGAUAAUACUUUGUGCCAUAAUCCUAAUUUAGCUGAAAACUGUUAGCUGUUCAAUAAAGAUUUAUUUGCACAUAUGUUAAGAAACCAAUGUGAGGGAAAUUACAGUUGGCCAAUAUCAUAAAGUUGUACACUGCAUGAUGUGGGGAGCAAGAGAAGGCAUGGUGAAUACAGUGCAGUCAGAAACAAGGAACUUCUAAAUUGGUCAUAAACUAUUCGGACAUCAUGUCAAGUUCAUUGAGGUAGUAGUGAAGCACUCCUUAUUUAUGAAUGAGUGCAUUGGAUGUGGAUAACUGAAGAGAUAUAAAGUCAUGUGACUCACUAAGGUGCAUCACUGGAAAAUUAAUAAUAGCACAUUUAAUUAAGAUCUCUGCCAUUGUCGAAUUUCCUUCUUAGCUCAUAAUUGGAUUUUGGAAUCUCUCUUCAUUUUGGUAAAUAUAAGAAGCAAUAAACUUCAUAGGUUUUUCCCAUCAUAGAGGAUUUUACCUAAGGCUAAAUAUAGCCUUAGGAAUAACAGGUAUCCCCCCCACACACACACACACACAUUCACUCUCUCACUCCCUUGUGAUGAUGUUGUAUUCUAGCUUAGCCAUAAUCUCUGGCAGACCUGGAAGAACAAGCUGCUCUUAAUAGCAUAAUGAAACCAAAGGCAUAACUCAUUGUUUUCUAUCAAAAUCACAAUUUCACUCACUGCCUACAGCUUUGAAAACAUUUUUUCAUGUAUGGAAGAUUCCCUAAAGUCUAUCUACUUGUCUCCCAGAGUCAGCGUGGUUCUGUAAUUACACUGAUAAAACAUCUCUCAUACAACUGUGGCAAAACUGUGAAAAUAAUGGUGAUGAGUCAGAUGGGUUUAAACGCGUGGUCCUGAAAAUAGCGUUCUGGAAAGGCUUCGUAACCCUGGUCUCCGUCCUUCUCCAGCGGCAGUCUAGCAGUCCUACUGCUCUGUAAGAUGCCUUUGCCUUUGUAUGGUUUUGUCUCCGUGGUGGUCGCCCCCCCGCUUGGUGUUCAGUAACAGUUUUGGGGACGAUAUAUCUACUGUGUGGUGUUCUAGCUAAAAGGUUUACCAGUAUUCAUAGUGAUAUGCUCCAGUGGCAGCAGUUAACUUGGCAGUCGUCAGUUGAGAUUGGAAGUAGCGUGUCUGAAAAGUCUGAUGCUUUAUUAAAACCAUGUAGAUGACUUUAAAGCUAUUGCAUGAAAAUGCAUCCAGGUUAAUAAGCUGUUAUACAGUAGAUGCAUGGUUUCAGUCCUUUGGUGAUACAGCUAGUCAAUCAUUGCUUUCACCUGCGGGAAAUAUGAGAAGACCGUCUGUUUGCUAGGUGUUGGAUGGUGGGCUGUAGGCAUCAGAUGAAGGCAGUUUUGUACAUGUUAGUUUCUAAUUGUGCACACAUUUUGUACGCCUAUCUGGGCUGUGUUCAGAUUUAAAAUAAGCAAAAUGAUUUGACACUGACAAGUUUGAUCAGUUGAACUGUGCCCAUAUAUAGACUGCUUCUUGUCUGACCAGUUUGAGUAACUUUCUCAACUUUUCAAGGUGCCUUUUCAAAAAGAUCUCCUAAAGAGGUUGGCAUGUGCAGACAGUUGGCAUGUGGAGGAUCCAAGUGGGAGGCUGCCUCACCGUUGAGGUGCCUGUGUUCUUCCGGUGGGUUGGUGCGCUGCUUGUUUCUUGGAAGAGGCUUGCUUUCUUAAAAGAUGACUAGUUGGUUGUAUUUGGUGACAUACAGACCUGACUAUACAUUUUACAUUAUCUCACUGUUUUGUAAACUGGGUUUUUAAAAAGCAUGUUUGCCAUUCUUUUACAAGUAGAUUGCCCCUUAAAUUUUGGAGGAGUUCUUCAAAAGUUUAAAGCAGUGAUUGAGGAACCAGAGGCUCUCUAAGCAUUGUAAAAUGUUUUGAAUUCAUAUUGACCUUGUUUGGGAGACAGUAGAGACAGGGUUUUAAAGAAACAAAAGCUUUGUAAAAAAUGUAGUUUUAGAGCAGAUUAAUGAUGGUGGGAAAGUGUUGCUAAUUUGUUUAUUUCCCUGAAAGAUACGGGAAGUGUGAUAAGCAGUUUAAUUUUUAAGAGCUGGUCUCAAUUUUAGUACUUUUUCAUUAUUAAAAAAAAAUCAAUGUUUCCUUAAAUUUUGUCUUUGUUUUGUCACAGUUAUCUAGGGUUCAUAUCCAACUUUCUGUGGCAAAUGAAUUCUAUAUAGUCUUUUAAAAGGUCAUUGCCGUGUCUUUUUGACAGUAUAAAUGAAAAGAAUAUAAGGCAUAGAAGAAUUGUCCUUUAAAAAUAUCAACUAUGUAUCCUGGAAUGUGAAGAUGUCCCUUAAUAGUUAAAAAAUUGAAUUAUUUUAACAUUGUACCAUUGUUAGACCUUGAAUGAGUCCAUGUUACAGUGUGUGUUUGUAUAUCUGUAGAGAAAGAAAAAUGACAAUUGAAAUGUUAUAUUAAAAAAAUCAGAAUAAAUUGGGCACUGUCUGUGUUGCACCACUACUGUAUCUUUUUGAAAGAAUUAACAGUAUUUUCCUGUUGUAAAAGUUAAUUCUGAUGAUGUUUUCACCGUCACCAGACUUUUUUUUUCUGUAUUAUUUGCAUCCCCAAAUAUUUAAUACAAAUAGAUUUUGCAUGGCUUGGGCAUUCAGAGAUUAAUAGAAUGACGACUCAAUUUUAAUUUCUAAGGCCAUGAAAAGUUGCUUUGAGACUGAGCAAUUCUGAGUUUUUAUUUAUAAUGACACCCAAUGUCCAUGUUUCUUUCCCUACUGUAAGAGAAUUGAUCAGUUUCUUCAUUAAAGCAGCAAAAACUUAUUAAAUCUUGUAAAUACCAUGUCUCUUA